UAUCAAUCCAUGACUCAGCUGACAUCGACAGUCACAUUUUCAAAUUCCCAAUCUACAACUGUUUCUGCACACACAAAUGAUUCUACAAUGGAAUCAACCACACAAAUAUCUACCACGCAAACAAAAAACUACCAAAACCCCAUCACAACUAACAAUAUCACUAGAUGCUCAGGUACCUACAUCCACAAAGCAACCAACAACAGUAACAUCACCAUCUGCUGUAUCCCAUACCAGUCCAGUUUCAGCAUCUACAACUGUGUCAACCACACCCCAGCUUACCACUCUUACACAAGAACAACCUACAACUAAAAACUCUCUUUCAGCAUCUGCAAUAUCAACUUCUAACUCAAUUGCCGCUUCAGCAGAUAAUACCCCAGGGGCAUCAGCAGAACCUACCACACCAAAAGCUUUCUCAGCACCUGACACAACAACGACUUCAACACAGCCAACAACAGCCUCAGUUACUACAAGCAUAGCUGUAUCUUCAGGAGAAACAAGUAAAGCAAUUUCUGUGACCUCUUCAGAAACACCUGUAAUGACUACAUCUUCCUUAGGAACAUCCGUCACGUCAUCAAAUUCCUCUGCAGCAUACACAGCUCAUCUUCAACCCACAUCAUCCCUAGCUCAUGAAUCAUCCCAAUAUAUGCCGACUUCAGCCGGUACAGUUUCUCUACAACCUACAACACUGACCCAGGCAGCCCCCCAGGAUUCCUCCACUAGCAAUACCAUUACAUCAUCCACAGGUGCAGCAUCAUCUGCAAUGAGAACUGUGCCAUAUCAAUCUAUGACUCAACUGACAUCGACAGUCCCCAUUUCAAAAUCACAGUCUACAACAACUGUGUCUGCACACACAAAUGAUUCUCCAAUGGACUCAACCACACAACUAUCUACCACCCAAACAAAAACGUCUCAAAUCCCAUCACAACUAACAACACCACUAGGCACUGCUCAUGUAACAGGUUCUUCUGAAAGCACAAACACAAAUCUACCAGUAUCCUCUACAACACCACUCCCAUUAACAGCAUCUACUGCAGUUGAUGUUAUAAUAGAUUCACCAAGUGCAUCUGUGCCCACAUCCACAAAGCAAACAACUACAUUAACACCAACACCUGCUGUAUCCCAUACCACUCCAGAAUCAGCAUCUACAACUGUGUCAACCGCACCCCAGCUUACCACUCUUACACAAGAACAACCUACAACUAAAAAAUCUCUUUCAACAUCUGCAAUAUCAUCCUCUAAUUCAAAUGCCCUUGUGGCAGAUAAUACCCCAGGGGCAUCAGCAGAACUUACCACGCCAAAAGUUUUGUCAUCACCUGACACAACAACUACUUCAACACAACCAACCACAGCCUCAGUUACUACAAGCGCAGCUGUAGAAGAAACAAGUAAAGCAAUUUCUGUGACCUCGUCAGAAACACCUGUAAUAUCUACAUCUUCCUUAGGAACAUCUGUCACAUCAUCAAAUUCCUCUUCAUCCUACACAGCUCAUCUUCAAACCACAUCAUCCUUAGCUCAUGAAUCAUCCCAAUAUAUGCCGACUUCAGCCGAUACGGUUUCUCUACAACCUACAACACUGACCCAGGCAGCCCCCCAGGAUUCCUCCACUGGCAAUACCAUUACAUCAUCCACAGGUGCAGCAUCAUCUGCAGUGACAACUGUGCCAUAUCAAUCCAUGACUCAGCUGACAUCGACAGUCACAUUUUCAAAUUCCCAAUCUACAACUGUUUCUGCACACACAAAUGAUUCUCCAAUGGACUCAACCACACAAAUAUCUACCACGCAAACAAAAACUACCAAAACCCCAUCACAACUAACAACAUCACUAGAUGCUAAGGUACCUACAUCCACAAAGCAACCAACAACAGUAACAUCACCAUCUGCUGUAUCACAUGUCACUCCAGCUUCAGCAUCUACAACUGUGUCAACCGCACCCCAGGUUACCUCUCUUACACAAGAACAACCUACUUCAAUACUAACCCAGGCAGCCCCCCAGGAUUCCUCCACUGGCAAUACCAUUACAUCAUCCACAGCAAACAACUCCAGCUUCAGCAUCUACAACUGUGUCAACCACACCCCAGGUUACCUCUCUUACACAAGAACAACCUACUUCAAUUCUAACUCAAUUGCUAACCUGACAGGCAGCCCCCAGGAUUCCUCCACUGGCAAUACCAUUUCACCCAUCAUCCACAUGAAUCAUCCCAAUAUAUGUUCAGCAGUUUCAUCAUCUGCCCAGGCAGCCCCCCAGGAUUCCUCCACUAACCAUUACAUCAUCCACAGGUGCAGCAUCAUCUGCAAUGAGAACUGUCCAAUCUAUGACUCAACUGACAUCGACCGUCCCAUUUUCAAAAUCCCAGUCUACAACAACUGUGUCUGCACACACAAAUGA